AUGGGCAAAGGCCUUGGGGCAGAAGGGAGCACAGUGAGUGUGGGCAUGGAGGGGUAUGGCCACAGUGGGAAACCAAGGGAGGAACAUGGCAGGACAUGGGGCUGUGCUGGACAGAAGCCAGGUCUCUGCGAAGCCUUGAAGGCCAAGAAGUGUGUUCCUCUCAGAACAGUGGGAACCCACGUGGAAGAGUCUGGGUACAAGUCAAAGGUCUCCCGGGCCUGUAACCAAGUCAUUGCUAAGGACUCUAUCAAGGACACUGAGAUGGAAAUGCCGGAAGAGCCCGCUGCAGAUCUUGGGCAGACCCUGGAGUGGCUGAGGGAGGAGCUGGCUGAGAUGCAGAUCCAAGACCAGCAGCUGCUGCUCACACUGAGGCAUCUGCACAGCCUCCUGGAGGAGCUUCGAGCUGAAAGUACCCACUGGGAGGACACAAGGCCCAGCAGAAGCACAUCGCCUUUCCGAGCAAGGAUGGGAUCAGAGGGCAGAGUCUGCCAGCCUGUGCCGAGGCAGCUGACCCAGCUGCUCCAUGGGGGAGAGAGCAGGCGGAGCUCCCUUCCUUAACCAGCCAGAGGAUGCUCAUCAAAACCCUCCUACCACUAGUGUAAA